AUGCUCGCCAUCAGCAAGGAGGCCAGAGCCGCUGCCGGGUGCCGAGCCCGUUGCUGCGCCCCGUUGGUGACCAGCCUGCAGCGUAUCAACGAUCAACAUGGCGCCGGCGAGCUGCUGGGCGGCGUAGCGUGCAUGCGGCACAAUCUCCAGCACUCGCCAUUCGACGGCGCGCGCCAGCCCCUCGAUUAUGACCUCAAAAUCCAGCUUGCAGCGUUGCAUUCUCUUAAUCACCAUGCUCGCCGCCCACUCUCCGCACCUCGCAACGCCGCCAUGACGGCACACGUCUGCGCCUCGCACAUUGUGGUGCCGUCUCCGGCCUCGACACCGACUCGGGGCCGCUCUCGCGGCGUGCACGCAGCCUUGGAGGAUGCUCCUCGCUCCCGGCUUUUCCGUCCUCGUUGCCGUCUCCUCCCUCAGUUCUCACCUGGGCACACUCGCAGUCCUCCAUCCACUCUCCAUACAGACACCCCCAAUCCCCCGAUCGCAUUCGCGCAGCAACAGACGGCGUCGCUGUGCCCGUUGCCCCUUCUCCUGUCGCCGCCUUUUGCCUCCCUUGUCUGUUUGCAGUCGCUGAAAGGCCUCGUUGAGCAGCCACCGCCGCCAAACCUCCUCACCCUCCUGCCCACCCCCCCCAACAACGCCGGCAGCACCACUGCGACACCCUUCAAACGACUUCUAAUGAUAGCCGCUCUAGCAAAUCCACGUUCUGAACCGCUUCGACUCUUAUCGACCGCCUCAACACCCGCUGCCGAUCGCCUCUCCUCUCGUGGCCGCCACGCUCCCUUGGACGAAGCCAUUGCACAAAGCUCGCAGCCGCUCAAUCCAUCGCUCGACACCCGCGACUAG